CCAGGAAGUAAACAGCACCUUGACAUGCUAUUAGAACUUAUUGUACAUAUCACGGCCACUUAGCGUUUUUAUUAGCGUCUAAGUUUCCUCAUAUCACUUAGGUGGUUUUCGCGCGCAUGUGUCGUUGAUGUAAUUAAAAUUUAGCGGACAAAAGUGUCUAUUCUUCAAUGGCCAGUUCUUUUCCAAGUGUACACGAGCUCGUCGCGCGUGCUCGGCUGUUGUAUGGCCAGGUGUUCGGCGAAGAGGCUCCUCAGACGGCGGUGUGUGCCCCCGGAAGAGUCAACCUGAUAGGGGAGCACACCGACUACAACCAGGGAUUUGUGCUUCCGAUGGCGCUGCCCCUGGUGACUGUCGUGGUUGGGAGUCAAACCUCUGGCCCCGAUGUCACCGUGGUAACGGCAACCGAGGAUGCUGACGAGCCUCGGAGGGUGGACUUCAGCCUGCCCGGUGAUGGAUCACCACUUCCUCCGGGGUUACCCCGCUGGGCGAACUAUGUGAAGGGUGUUAUCCAGCAUUACCGGGCUCCUCCUGUCCCAGGUUUCAGGGCGGUGAUAGCCAGCAGUGUCCCCCUGGGAGGGGGUCUGUCCAGCUCUGCCUCUCUGGAGGUGGCUUGCUACACAUUCCUGCAGCAACUCAAGCCAGAUGAAGGAGACAAGGUAUCCACAGCGGUGGCCUGCCAGAAGGCAGAACACACUCAUGCCGGUGUGCCCUGUGGCAUUAUGGAUCAGUUUGUGUCUGUUCUGGGCAGGGAGGGCCAUGCUCUGCUCAUUGACUGCAGGUCGUUGGAGGCCACCCCAGUCCCUCUGGCAGAUCCAGACUUGGUCAUUCUCAUCACUAACUCCAAUGUGAAGCACUCUCUGACCGGCAGCGAGUACCCCAUGAGACGCAGACGGUGUGAGGAGGCUGCCUCCAUCCUGGGAAAGGACAGUCUCAGAGAUGCCACUAUUAAGGACCUAGAGGAGGCAAGGGACAGACUGGAUGACGUAACCUAUCAAAGAGCUCGUCACGUGAUUGAGGAGAUAGAAAGAACCGUCCAAGCUGCCGAAGCCCUGAAGAGAGGCGCCUACAAAGAGUUUGGCAAGCUUAUGGUGGAGAGCCACAACUCCCUCAGAGACCUGUACGAGGUGAGCUGCAGGGAGCUGGAUGAGCUGGUGUCCGCAGCCAUGGAGGUGCAGGGGGUGUUUGGCAGCCGGAUGACCGGCGGAGGAUUCGGCGGAUGCACCGUGACUUUGCUGCAGGCGCACGCCAUCAACCAUACUAUACUCCACAUACAGGAGCGAUACAGUGGAAUCCCAACUUUCUAUGUCACAACUCCUUCAGAGGGAGCUCGGGCUCUCAGUCUGCCCUGACCGUUGUCGACGCAUCUCUGCUGUAUAACCGAUUCAUUCCUCUUUAUGGGCGUUUCUUUUUCCUUUCAAUCUUUCACUGUUAAUAUGAAACUAAUGCUGUUAUGCACACGAGCUGAUUGAGAUGUUAAUGUGCCUUCGCAGUAAAACAUUGUUUUACCUGUUCUGUAGCAAACAGCAGAUGGACACAGUUAGAGAUUAGCUGGUGGAACAUUUAGUAUCUGAAGAGACAGAAUUAUUUUUCCUCAGGAGUUGGUGGAGAACAAAAACGGAGCUAAAAGGAGACUGAAUAUUGUUCUAGCAUCCAUCAGGUGGACACAAACCUGUUAAUGUGUGCUAGAUGUGUAAGUAAGAGAUCGUAUGUGGACACAUUAGCUAUAACAACUUUGUACGGCAAUAAAAUAUAAGGGCUUUGUGUCGACUUCCUCCGAAUAGUGGCCAAGAACGACUCGGCUUUAAAGGCCCUGCACACUCACACAGGUGUAUUUAAUUAUUCUGGCUAAUUAGACUUCUGCUCAUCUGCUUGAUAAUGGGCAGAUAUAUGAUGAGAAUUGUAAUAUGACAGUUGAUUUAUUAUUAUUUUAAUAAAACUGAUACUGCAGCUCAUACUGAAGGUGUUAGUUGGGGUCAGCUAGAUGUGAACCAAACACGGCCUGGACUCGCCUACAGUCGUUCUUAAGAAAAAGACUAAUCAGGCAGAUUAAGUGCAAACAUCUUUGGGCUGAGCUGUAGGUACACAGGGGCUUUAAAUAAUAUGCCAGUUUAUAUUAAUAAAGCUGUUUUCAGAUUUAAAAAAAAGAACUGUUAUGCUUUUGUUUUAAAGCUUAUACCAGAAGUCUUAUCUUAUUCUCAACCUGCCCCUAUUUGAAAUGAAAUGAUCAAAAUAUUCUGUAAUUUAAUGUGGGAAUUAACAGGAUUUAAAAUCAUACUUUUCCUUUGGUACCUUGAUUUAAAAUAAAUAAAUAAAAGUUCCUGUCUUGUUUUAAUGUUCUGCUGGAAGGAAGCUCUGUAGAAGCUGAGGUGUCUGUAUGUUUUCAUAAACUUUCCUUUUGAGCGAAAGGAAAGAUCAGAUCAAAUUAUAGGCUUUUUCAAUGGGAUUUUUUUUAAAUCCAAAAGCAUUCUUGUCCAUAGUUUGUUCCAAAGAUCAGAUCAAAUUAUAGGCUUUUUCAAUGGGAUUUUUUAAAAUCCAAAAGCAUUCUUGUCCAUAGUUUGUUUCCACUCAUUGUCUGCGUUGUGACAGAUUUACCCAUAGUGGAAUGUUCUCUUGUGAAUAUGGGUUUCAGAUGUUAUUGUAGUGUAAUAACCUUGUUUAUGUGUAAAUAUAGCGAAUGUUUAUAAGCAACUGUUGCCUGUUGUUGCUUGCUUGAGUUUUGGUUAGACAACCCAUCAAAGUGAUAACUCAAAUAUCUCUCUUCUGCAUUUUAGUUAGUGUAUGGCAAUUGUGUCUGCAGAACAAUUGUUGCUUAAAAUUUAAUUUAUAAUCAGAAAAUGGUAAGAAUUUGCCAAUAUAAAGAAAAACAUCUAAAAACAUUUUCUGUCCAUAUUCUAAAUUCAGUGUCUCCGUUAUAAUUAAAAAAUGUAAACACCUCAUAAUUUUAACAAACAUCGAACAACCAUUUCCCAGUAGUGGGAUUAUCAUUUUGACAAUAAUUGUUGUCUUGACUUAUCCAAACAGAAUACCCAUUUUGCUACGAAUAUAAAGAGUAUCCUGUUUCAAGAGAGAUGAUGAAAGAAGCCCUUCGUGAAAAAGUCAUAGGAAAAACUGCACUGACCUAUGAAAUGUUUUAGAACAGAAGCGAACGCGGAAGUGGGCCGGGAUGGGCGGGUUUUGAGCUCUUGGUAUGAGUUUAACGAGGUGCACUUGAAUGCAUCACAAGGGAGGAGUUAGCAAAACAGUGAAGUUUAGCCUAGCAGGAAACACCGAGGUUACCACAGUGGAAAAAGAAGGAGCACCAGUCCACGUUUUAGUUUUAACUGGGGCUCAGUUGUGAUAUUUCCUCGGCAAAUACACUGUCGCUUAGAUUCUGGGAGUAACAUUACUCGCUUACGGUCUGGUCACAUUGUUUCCCGACUUUGAGGAUAGAGCUUUAGCCAACUAAAUCACCCGACACUGGCCGGGGGUGGACUCUUCUCCAGCGGCUGUGAACUGUAGACAUCCUCUGAGCAACGGCUGCUUUGAAUCAGGUGGGUUGGGAGCUCGUGCCAACAGGUGUUUGCUUGAGUGUCAGGAGGCUAACAAUGUAACUAACGUCACCGUGUUCAUCAUAGCCACCAGUUUGACGUCCAGCGCCUGAAUAGGUCCAACUCGAGCUAACUAAAGUUGCUAGGUUAGCCAGAAAUCACUCUCCCUAUUGCUGACUGGCUAGCUGGCUAACAACUAAUAUUCCACCCAGAAAUCAAAGUGCUAGCGCCAUAUGUAAUGACAAGCGAAUUAGCACAUGACGUAGAGUUGGCUGCAUUGCUCACAACAUACAUUCUUAUAUUACAUGUUAAACUUUAAGGAAUUGGGUUAAGUUAACGUUGCCUAACGUUACUAUCUCACACGUAUUCCAAUGGAAACAGACAUGGGUGUACGGUCAUAAAAAAAAACCUGAAAAUUCAUGUUUGUACAGCUUGUGUUGUGCCUCAGUGGUUUUGCUUGGUGUACUUCUUCCAUGCCGAACGUACCAUAGUGACUGAAUGACUUGAAAAUCUCGUCAGUCAUGUUCUACGGAAAAGAGGGUCUGGCUAUAACGACACCCAUGUUGAAUCGGCGUUUUUCUUGUGUAAAGAUUGGUAAGGAUGCGGUAUUAUCCAAUCUCGUAUUGUGGUUUGCCAACCAUCGCCUAGCUUGUUAACUAAACUUAAACUUAAACCAUGCGUCAUGGGGGAACUUACUACUAGCUUAAGUGGGCGUUAGCAAACACCUGGGCAGAAACUAUAGCAACUUGAAGCCGUUGAUUUGGCAAGGACGUAUCUCCGGUAACGUCACAGAAAAUGAUCAAGAAAUGUAUCUGUAAACUAUGUUGCCAGUGGUACCGAAGAAACCGUGGCGUUUCCUGCAGACAGGUGAGUAGUAGCUGGGAGACGGAGGUUGCGUAAUGACGGAAACGUAGAACCUCAGCAAGGCGUGUCUCCUCGGCAGGUAUGUUAGUGAGCGCCCUUUGAGUCAACGGUCUGGUUUCAAGCAUGAGUAAUCGGUGCGUUUGAGGAGGGGGUGUGUGAGCGAGAAGCGUUUCACCGGUUUGACUAGUGUCUGGGCAAUUCACAACACCACAACAUGUAGAAUACAAAUACUAACAGCCCCUACUCUACUUUGUCCAAUCAGCCAGAGCUAACUCUCAAUUAGCUCAUUUGUUGUACCAAACUGCGACGCGUUUGGGUCCUCAUGUGUCAACUGCACGCUCAUCCAGUGGACUGUAUACAUGUAACUAAAGUCCUCCCGUCUCUUUAAAGCCCAGUAUCAUCGGCUGGUUAACUUUGACAUACGGUUGCAUAGACUGAGUCCCACAAUCUGGACAGGAUACUGCUUGAAGGACAAAGGCUGUGUCCUUGCAACUCCACCUGCAUGAGCUAGCCCAAACAAACAGCCUUUGUUCUCAGUAGCUAUUACACCUGCAUGGUAAAGUCCACCUGUAGCUAUUAUGCAGGCAAAAUAAAUGGCCGCUCCCAAAUCAGUGUGUUUUAGAGGAGUUGGCUUGAGCAAAAGCAGGAGGGUAUUUUUUAUUUUUUAUUUUUUUAUGUCUCUCUUCAUUUGCACGAAUGAUGUGAAUAUACAUGCCAGAAACCUUUAGAACAGGAAGUUAAAUGAUCUAACCACACAUCGGUGAGAAUGCUGUCAGAGAGGCUUACCUUGCUUGUAAACUUCAAACAGAGCGCUCGGCUCGAGACAGUCACGCUGUGUUUGGUGCUGUUAACUGUUAACCUGAUUCCUGUUUUCACCUCUCCCAAUGUGCAACACAAUAUCUGGCAUGAAAAGAAGCUUUUUUUUUUUUUUUUUUUUUUUUUUUUUUUUUUUUUUUUUUUUUUUUCUUCUUUCUUCUUCUGUCUCUUGCUAAUGGGAUUGCACAGGAAGUAAAAAUGCUGCAGAAUGUUCCCCUCACUCAUUCUCUUUAUAGCAGGUGCGCCAGGUCACAGCUCAUUGUGAGAAUGUAGUAUGUAUGCAUGUUGAGUUUUAAAUGACGUUAACAUAAUCAAAGUACAUUGGCUGCAUAUCCAGUACCUUUAUCUUGUUUUGGCCAAUAUUUUUUUCUCCACACCCCCCUAUCUUGGCAAUAAUAUUAUGUUAAAUACGCAGAGGUAGGGCUGUAUAAUUGGAGGGAAAUAGCUUAACAAUUAAACAAUUGGUCAGCAGAUUCAUCGCUAAUGAAAUUAGUAAUUGCAGCCUACAGGUCUGUAUUUGUAGUCUUCGUGAUAUUAUUCAAGAUGUGAUUGUACCAAUCAUACAAACCCAUGUUCUAU